CACCAGCAGUGCUCCAGUUGAAUUCCAGCGGACAACAGGUGCAGGGAGCGACGCGCAUUUGGAUUUGGAUGAUGCCCGUACGGAGGAUACUCGUCGCUUUGUACAGACCGGUGCGAUCUCCAUCCGCACUUUACGCUUCACUCAUCGACUCUGGUCGUUCGUAACGAUGCCUUUCCCACCGAUUAACCUCCACCAGAGGAUCACGUCACCUGGUCGGGAUCUGUUCCGGAAAAAGAAAACCAACGCGGUGCCCCUUCCGACCUCGGCGCUCGCGCUCAAACCCGGAGGGGAGGAGAAGCCCAAGUCCGAGAAGGACAAGUUCACCAGGUCGUGGCCCGCCGCCAACCUGAGGAACCUGGGACGGAAAUCAUCCCAGCAGCAGAAGACCAAAAGCCCCACGCGGAUACCCGCAUUGGCGCAGGAGGAGCGGACCAAGUGCUCGUGGCUCCCCGUGUCCAAGUCCCAGGACUCGUGCGGGGUCGUCACACGCUCCAGCUCCAUGGAGUCCACAACCGCGCGGGGGUGCAGCAAGCAGUCCUCGCGCGGCUCCCUGGGACGCACGGACUAUCCCGCCGCCGUGGCGGAGAAGGAGAUUCAGUUCAGCCUCAGCCUCACGCCUGAGGCCAUCCUGGUGAUCCAGAAGCGGAACCUGGAGAAGCAGAUGUUGGCCAAGCAGCAGAAGUGCUGCCUGGCCUCCACAGACCUGCGGCACCGGCGGAUCUUCCCGUCCAAGAAGGCGCACGGACACGGGGGGUCCGGUACCGGGUCCAAGGGCUGCGGUGCCCCGCUGGCAAGGCUGGACGACGCGGAGCAGGACAUCAGGGCCAUCGUGAAGAUCUCCCUGCUCAACGACCAGUACAAGUACGAUGAUGUGGAGUACGAGGAGGAGGACGGGAACGUGGACGAGACGGUGGUCCGGAAGUGCAAAGAGUGGCUUAAGGGGGUGGAGAGUGCUGCUGCUUUCGGGAAGGUGGACAGACUGUCCACCCUGCCUACCCUCAAAGGCUGCUGAUGCUGCCGCACUUUUUGACUCUUUGCACGAACUUGCUGCCAAGUAAGCCCGUAAAGCGCCGAUCCACUCAAGGGAAGCUGCGCGCGUAUCCGCGGGAGCGGAGCGCGCGCGCGUUCAAUGUUUUCAUGGGAGCCGAAUGAAGUACCUUAAUAUUGUCUUCCGUUUUUUUGCACAUGUCAAUUGGUUAGUUUUUUAUUUGUUUGUUUUUAACCGCGCGCCUGUAAGGAAAAGGGGCGCGUAAUGGAACGCGCCCGCGCGACCCCGGCGGAUCUCCACGCGCGGCGAGCGGAGCGCGUUCCUUUGUGUCCCGAGAACAAUGGCCGUCCACGGGAACCGGGUUCGAUGGCCGUCUGAUGGAAUUUCUCAAACGGAGCACCUCUUUAUACCUUUUGUACAGUAUUUAACAUUUGUGAAAUAUUUGAACCACUGUUUUUGUCAGACGACACUUUUAUGCCAAUUGAAGUAAAAUAAUAUAUACAAAAAAUCGAA